GUCACAGCGAAUUACCGUUAGUGAGAGUGACUUGCAAAAUACUUCAACCUCGUUAGUGCAUAUCUUCUGAAUAUUCGAAUACUUGAUCUUAGGAUCCAUGCAUAGCGGUCCUGUCACAGUAUUGGGAGUCAUUACGAUAACAGCAACGCCCUCUAGUUCCUUAUCCACUGCUCCGUUAUCCACUCUCGUUCCAAUGCCAGUCAAGACUACUAACCAGAAUGUCUCAGUGAUCACCAACACUCCUACUUCUACCACCCAGGUCAUCGCCAGUACAAGCAGAACGAACACAUCCUCCAUAUCUUCCUCAGGUCAUAAUGUAGGGGCAACCAGUAUCCUAGAAAGUACUAGUGUGCUCUCCGCGUUCUCAAAACUGGUUACAGAUACACCAAAUCAAACCAAUACAGAUUUACCCAGACCUACAACAUCAAUACCGUCGGCAUCAUCACAGUCAUCCCGUAGUCAUAUACCCCAAAUCAUUGGUGGCACGUUAGGAUCUUUCCUCUCCAUCAUUCUUCUAAUUGGACUUUUCAUCUUUUAUCGUCGGCGUUGGCGACGUUCUUGGCAGCUACCGUCAUCUCGGUCUCCAGAUACCGAAAAACAGAAGGAGUUCGAGGCGCCAUCUCGUUCGGAAAGUAUGGUUCAGCCACUGACAAGACGUGAAUCUUACACCUCCACAUCUACAUCUCCCUUCUCCCCCCUUUCUCAGCACACAUUCUACCUCUCAUAUACCGAUGGGUUUCUGCGGAGGCUAGACUCUGAUCCACACCGCCACGACCGAGAUGCAAGUGUAGCAUCAUCGAGCUCUCACCUCACCGCCCGCCAGUUCUUGUUACAUGAACGAGCUAGCAGCUUGCGUGAUGAGGCUGAUUGGUUGAGACAGACCAUAUCUUUUGUAACAUCUAGCGAUCAUAUUGUUGGGGAGCUACAAGCGACCAUAUGGAGGUUAGAAGAACAUGUACGGCGUUUGGAGGCAGAGCACGAGUCUGACUGGGCUUUGUACCAGUCGGAUGAACCCCCACCAGUUUACAUGGAGGCCAUACGCAGAUCACAGUCUAAUUCGCACAGUGAGAAUAUAUGAUAUCCAGUAUGGACAUGUAUGUACACAAUCGCACGCAAUGUGCGUAGCCAUCUUUAAUCAUCCUGUUCGUCCGAUGUCAAGUACGACUGUAAUGACCCUAGGUAGAUCGUGUUUGCUCCCUCU